UAAUAGUAUUAAUUAAGGAAAGAAGGCCGUGAAUAUCCGCAAAUCUUUGUCAGGACCCAACAUGAAACUUCGCUGCUCCCCUACGUUAAUUGUGUUCUUCAAUUUCACCUUGUUAUAGUUUGUACUUUUAAUUCAUCCCAUUUGUUACUUGGUUCCUAUAUAGUUGUAUUCUAACACAACAAUCCUUCUAUUCAUUCAUUGCUUUGCUUUGCUCCCAAUCCCAUAAUAACCUUAGCUUUUCUGUUGCCGCCAAAUUUUUGAGUUUGAGAUCAGAAGAACAACAACAUGGAAUCAUCACAGCUACACUCUGUGGAUUCUGUUCAAGUCAAGGAAUUGGAGAAACCAGACCCUCCAACUGCAAGUGCUGUGAGCCAUCAGAGCCUGGAGGAGCCUAAAGAGCAUGCCAUCACUGCUCCACUUGUUCAAAAGGUUGAAGAUUCUGCUGGCAACAAGGGUACAGUGGAUUCAGUUGACAGAGAUGCUGAGCUUGCAAGAGUAGUUUCGGAGAAACGAUUGGCUUUAAUUAAAGCAUGGGAAGAAAGUGAAAAGACCAAAGCAGAGAAUAGGCAAGAAAACUUGGAAAGAAAGAAAGUAGAAUAUGCAGAAAAGAUGAAGAAUAAGAUAGCUGAUAUUCAUAGGUCAGCAGAAGAGAAAAGGGCAAUGGUUGAAGCUCAAAAGAGGGAAGAGUUUAUCGAGUUCGAGGAAACAGCUGCAAAGUUUCGUAGUAGUGGUCGUACACCAGCCAAAUUCUUUGCAUGUUUUAAAGCAUAAGUUUUUUUUUUUCUAUUUAGCUAACUACAAAAAGAUCAUAACAUCAUUGGUGUGGUUAUUACUUGUUAAUAUUCAUUUAAAAAUUUGCUUUGGAGUAUUGUAUUUUCUCUUGGUGUAUAUACUAUUGAUAUGAACAAAGAAAUAAGUGAAGCAAUUGUCUU